AUGGAAACGAUAAGUUUCUGCAUUGAGUUGGAAGAAGGAUGGGAAAUCGUGCAGAAAGGAAUUACAAAAGUGAUAAAUAUUAUUGAAGGUGUCCCUGAUGAAUCACCAAUGGACGCGGAUUAUUGGAUGAAUCUGUACACAACAGUUUUUAAUAUGUGCAGUCACAUACCUGGUCAUGGUUAUUCUGAAGAGCUUUACGAAAGAUACCAAGGUCUUCAUAAUGAUUAUUUGCAAUCAAAAGUUUUACCAGCUAUUCAAGAGAAGCAGGAUGAUGCAUCUAUGUUGCAAGAACUCGUUAAGAGGUGGGCUAAUCAUAAGGUUCUGGUAAGGAAGCUUUGUCGACUUUUCUCUUAUCUCGACAGUAAAUACGUUCAUCGGUGUGGAAUUCCUUCGUUAAAAGAUGUCGGGUUUAGUUGCUUUCGUAAAAUUGUGUAUGAGAAUAUGAAAGUGAAAGUUAAAGAUCCUGUUAUUUUGUUGAUUAAUCGAGAACGCGAGGGAAAUGAGAUUGAUAGGACUUUGGUCAAGGAUGUCUUAGGGAUUUUUGUUGAAAUUGGGAGUGAGAAUGCUAAAGAUAAGCUGAAUUAUUAUGUCAAUGAUUUCGAAACUGCAUUUUUAACUGACAUGGUCGAUUAUUAUACUCGGACUGGUUCUAAUGAGAUCGCGGCUUCAGAAUGUUUUCAAAGAGAGAAGGAUAGGGUUUCUCACUAUUUGCAUUCCAGUACUGAGGAGAGGGUGUUGAAACAAGUUCGAGGUCAAGGUGUUGCUUGA